AUGACACCACCCAAGUCUUGGAUGCUGCCCUCGCUCGUGCCCGAGGAUGUCACUCUCGAUGGCUUAGAGGGGCCAACCCACCUUGAAAUAGUGGAGGUACUCGAUGAGACCGCUGCUGAGAUGGAUCAGGAAGAGAGCAACCGAGUGGGUGUUAGGCCCAAUGUGCUCAUCGAGCUGCUCUGCAGGGACACUGCCUCCGGAAAGCCAGCAAUGGUGCAUAUGUACGUCCAGAUUCCACUGACGGGCACAGAGUGGCUGCCACCAAGCCAAAGAGCUCCUCAGGCCGUCGAUGUCGUUCCUCCCCGUGCCAGGAGAUGCGUGGACACGCACGGCAAACUCCGCGAUAUACAUUGCGACCACGCCCCAGCGCUUAUCGGAUCCGUUCAGACCAAGCAGGGCCCCGGGGGCUGGGUGCCCGGAGGGUACGUGCUUUACAUCACCCUAACAACUGGCCGUGAAGAAAGAGGAGGCAUGGUUUCGCUGUCCACCGGUGUGGUUGGCAAGGGGGCGUUUUACGAAAUGCUGCCGCGCGAGAGAGAGCAAGUUCGUUUGAGUUUCAAGGCCGCCUUCAAGAGGAACGAGACAGAAUGGGAGUGGGACGAUGGAGAAUUUCGACGAUGGAGAAUCUCCAGAGGAAUCUUACGAAGGCGCCAUGCGCUGGCGGCAGAGAUACACCCGCUAGUUGGGCUCGCACGAGCGCCUUCGAUCAACGCCCUGACAAGAAUACUAUCUCAGCAAUCACAACUGCUACCAACUUUCCAAUUCCCAUUUGCCUGUAGGCCUACUUAG